AUGGACAUCCCAGAAGCAGAAGUCUUUCCUGUCCUCAAAGGCAAGGUCGCCAUCAUCACCGGGGGCGCCCAGGGCAUGGGCAAGGCGACGGCCGCCGUGUUCGUCAAAGCGGGCGCCAAGGUGGUCAUCGCCGACAUCAAGGAGGAGCAGGGCCAGCAGGUGGCCGCCGAGCUGUCGAAGCUGGGCGAGAUUCACUUCGUGAAGGCCGAUAUCUCCAAGUCGGCCGAUGUGCAGAACCUGGUCGCGCAGACGGUGGCCAAGUACGGCCAGCUGGACGUCGCGGUCAACAACGCGGCGCUCACGCCGGACAAGACGCCUGUCACCGACUUUGACGAGGACUACUGGCGUAAGCUCGUCGACAUCAACCUCACUGGCACCGCUCUGUGCUGCAAGUACGAGAUGCAGCAGAUGAUCAAGCAGGGCAACGGCACGCCGGGCCGGUACUCGAUCGUCAACAUCGCCUCCAUCAACGCCUUCCGCCCGCAGCCCAACAUGCCCGCGUACACGGCGACCAAGCAUGCGCUGCUGGGCCUCGUCAAGCACGCUGCCAUGGAGGGCGGGCCUCACGGGAUCCGCGUCAACGCCAUUGCGCCGGGGGCGAUCUUUAGCGAAAUGUCCGCCGCCGCGCUCAAGAUCAUGGGCACGACCCACGACGAAUUCGCUCCCAAUGUGAGCUACCUGCGUCGGUUCGGCCAGGGCCACGAGGUGGCCCAGGGCUCGCUGUGGCUGUCAUCGAACGCGGCCUCUAUAUAUAAAUUCCUAUAA